AUGGAGACAUGUGAGAGCCCCUCUCCUCUCCCACGCGAGCCCGCAGGAGGAGUGGCGAUGGAGGACCGAGCUUGCCCCCUCCGCUCGCUGCCCCGUGGACAGUCUCCACCACCUCCCCUGCAAACGUCCAGUGAUGCAGAGGUAAUGGACGUUGGCUCUGGUGGUGAUGGACAGGCCGAACCCCCUGCCGAGGACCCGCUCAACUUCUACGGAGCUUCUCUUCUCUCCAAAGGAUCCUCCUCUAAGGCCCGCCUCCUCGUAGACCCGAACUGUAGUGGCCACAGCCCGCGCACUGCGCGGCACGCACCUGCGGUCCGGAAGUUCUCCCCUGACCUUAAGUUGCUUAAGGAUGUAAAGAUUAGCGUGAGCUUUACGGAGAGCUGCAGGAGUGAGGACAGGAAGGUGCUGUACACGGGAGCGGAGCGCGACGUGCGGGCAGAGUGUGGCCUGGCCCUCAGCCCUGUCAGUGGGGACGUGCAUGCUGGUCCCUGUGGCGGGGGCGCGGGGAACGGGGUAGGCGCCGGGGGUGAGAGUGCGGGUAGGAGGGACGAGGAGCAUGAGCUGGAUCAGGAAAGGAGAGUGGAGUACGCAGUGCUCGAUGAGUUAGAAGACUUUACUGACAAUUUGGAGCUAGAGGAAGAAGGCGCAGGCGGGUUCACGGCUAAAGCGAUCGCGCAGAGAGACAGAGUGGACGAAGAGGCCUUGAAUUUCUCCUACGAGGAUGAUUUUGACAAUGAUGUUGAUGCUCUUCUGGAAGAGGGCCUCUGUGCUCCCAAAAAGAGGCGAAUGGAAGAGAAAUACGGAGGAGACAGCGACCACCCGUCGGACGGGGAGACGAGCGUUCAGCCAAUGAUGACCAAGAUUAAAACCGUGCUCAAAAGCCGUGGCCGACCGCCGACGGAGCCGCUGCCCGAUGGCUGGAUCAUGACGUUCCACAACUCCGGAGUGCCCGUGUACCUGCACCGGGAGUCACGGGUGGUCACCUGGUCCCGGCCCUACUUCCUGGGGACGGGAAGCAUACGGAAACACGGCCCUCCCCUGACCAGCAUCCCCUGCCUGCACUACCGGAAGAUGAAGGACAGCGAGGAGCGGGAGCGGGGCGUGGGGCUUGCCCCCCCAGAGCCAGAGCUGCCCCCAGACGAGCCUGACCCCCUAGGGGCCGACGCGGGGCCCCCAGACGAGAAGGACCCGCUGGGGGCCGAGGCCGCGCCUGGGGCCCUGGGGCAGGUGAAGGCCAAGGUGGAGGUGUGCAAGGACGAGUCCGUCGACCUUGAGGAGUUUCGGAAUUACCUGGAGAAGCGCUUUGACUUUGAGCAAGUGACUGUGAAGAAGUUCAGGACAUGGGCUGAGCGUCGGCAGUUCAACCGAGAAAUGAAGCGAAAACAGGCCGAGUCAGAGAGGCCCAUCCUGCCCGCCAACCAGAAGCUCAUCACACUGUCUGUGCAGGAUGCGCCCACAAAGAAAGAGUUUGUCAUCAACCCCAACGGGAAGUCUGAGGUGUGCAUCCUGCACGAGUACAUGCAGCGCGUGCUCAAGGUCCGCCCCGUGUACAGCUUCUUCGAGUGCGAGAACCCAAGCGAGCCUUUUGGUGCCUCAGUGACCAUUGACGGUGUGACCUAUGGAUCUGGAACGGCGAGCAGCAAAAAACUGGCCAAGAACAAAGCUGCCCGCGCCACGCUGGAGAUCCUCAUCCCUGACUUCGUCAAGCAGACAUCGGAGGAGAAGCCCAGAGACAGCGAGGAGCUGGAGUAUUUCAACCACAUCAGUAUCGAGGACUCGCGGGUCUACGAGCUGACCAGCAAGGCCGGGCUGCUGUCGCCCUACCAAAUCCUCCAUGAGUGCCUUAAAAGAAACCACGGGAUGGGAGACACCUCCAUCAAGUUUGAAGUAGUUCCUGGUAAAAACCAGAAGAGCGAAUACGUCAUGGCGUGUGGCAAGCACACAGUGCGCGGCUGGUGCAAGAACAAGCGCGUUGGGAAGCAGUUGGCAUCUCAGAAGAUCCUGCAGCUGCUGCACCCGCACGUCAAGAACUGGGGGUCCUUGCUGCGCAUGUAUGGCCGUGAGAGCAGCAAGAUGGUCAAGCAGGAGACCUCGGACAAGAGUGUGAUCGAGCUGCAGCAGUUUGCCCGCAAGAACAAGCCCAACCUGCAUAUCCUGAGCAAGCUGCAGGAGGAGAUGCGGCGGCUGGCGGAGGAGCGGGAGGAGACACGCAAGAAGCCCAAGAUGUCCAUCGUGGCGUCUGCGCAGCCUGGCGGCGAGCCCCUCUGCACCGUGGAUGUGUGA